GUGGUGGUGAUCAGUUUGACUCUGAAUAGGUAGCAGUCCCAGUCUUAGCUUGUUCUCGAAACGCAGGUAGCUAAUUUAUUAUCCAGCCGUGAGUCGAGUCGAGAAACGCUCAUUUCGACGAAACACUCUCGCAGAAGCCACCCGCGAAUAAUGGCAGCCAUGGGGUGUCAAGCAAUGAUGAAGUCAUUCCUCGUCAGCACCACCCUCAAGAAUGGCUGCCAGCCGUUUCACUCGCAAGCCGUCAGCCGGCCAGCAUCAAAUCCCCGUCGCAGCUCGCGUCUAGCAGUGAGAGCGGCGGCGAAGGUGGCUGAUGACCCGGCGGCAAAGGCGCUUCAGGCGAAGUCGUUAGGCGAGCUGCGGGCGAUGGCGAGGGAGAAGGGGCUGCGCGGCGACACCAAGGCGGAGCUGGUCAUGCUGCUGCUGCAGGCCCAGCCGUCCAGAGCAUCCCCCGUGCAGCCGUCCGAAGUGAUCCCCCCAGCCGAACCCACACACAGACCGACUGCUGUAGCACCCGCUGCUAGCACCUCCAGCAGUGCGGGCGGGACUACGAGCGGCAAGGGCGGCAAGGGCGGGUUGGCGGAGGCGGCGAAGGCGCUGGAGGCGAUGAGCACGGCGCAGCUGAGAGCCAUGGCGCGGGAGAAGGGGCUGAGAGGCGACACUCGCGCCGAGCUCAUCAAACUGCUCGUGGCCGCCCUGUCCCCAUCCGCAGCCGCGCCAACCAAGCCUGCCACCAACCCUUCUGUCAUGCCUCGGCCGCCUCCCCCCUCCGCCUCGCCUGCCGCUGCUGCAGCCGCCGCCGCCGGAAGCUCUAGUGAUGGGAACAACGGCGCCAGCAGCAGCAGCAGCAACAGCAAGGGGUCGUCCCAGGUGUCAGAGGCCGAGGUCGUUCUGCCGCCCUUCGCCUCGGACAUCCCCCCUGGUGGCAUCGCCAUCAGCCCAGUGCAGCCAGCAGGCAAAGCGGCCAGUGGGCCAUCAUCAAGUGAGGCAAAGGCAGCAGCAGCAGAGCUGAAGCAGGGGCAGUUUGUGCGCUCCGUGCUGAUAGGCGGCUUUGGCCUCGCCCUCGUGCCGCUCGUGCUGCCCCUUGCUCCCACCAACAGACUCGUCCCAGGGUCGCCUGCUGAACAGCUGGCAGCGCAGCUAGGGGAGGAGGCAACAGUGCUGCUCAACUCGCUGCUGGACACACAGGCCGCCACAGUGAACCAGCUGCAGGCGCUCAUGCCGCUCAUCUCGCCGGACCUUGACCCCACCACUCGGGCUGCUAGAGCUGCUCUCUUCUGCCAGAAGAUCCCUGCGUCUGUCCGGUCGGAACAAGCAGACAAGUUCUGCAGGACUGUUGCUCAGAUUGGCAUUCGAGCAGCUCCCCAGUGAUUGGCUAUCAGAAUAGAGGUGGUAUUUUCGUUUGAUAAAAAGAAGGAACUGGUUACCUUGGUUUGAUAAAGCACCAACUAGAAGGGUGCGUGCGAGUGCAAGGCUAGGUGCUGUAACACCCUCUGUCCAUUGGUUCCUUUGGUGACUGGCUUGAAUAGUGGGCUGUGCAAUGCUUUCUACAAUGAUAA